AAAACGCAGACGCAGAACCAAGAACCUCAAGUCCGGAGGAAAUGCUCCAGCUGCAGCUGACGUGUCAGUCAGAACGAUGACCACGCCCACUGCCUCACUGACUCCGCCCUCUCCCCCCUCGGCCCCGCCCACUCGCUCUGUGGUCGGGAGCAAAGCCUGGGCCGAUUACGAUGAGGAGGACGACCGUCGUGUGUACGAAGAAGAUCCCGCCACCCUGUUCCCGGAGACAGACCCGCCCCCGUCCCACUGUGCCCCAGACGACCCCCUCCCCCAUCUGGACUCCGCCCUCCCCCCCUCUGGACUCCGCCCUCCCCCCUCUGGACUCUGGGGUGACCACUGUGGACCCCCCCGUUCCGGACUUCAGUGUAGCUGAGAGAGAGAAGGAAGAAGAAGAAGAGUCGAGUCUGAGUGAGAAGCUGAAGGAGAUCAGUAGGAGCUUGCUUUCCAUGUGGAAAGAUGAAUACAUGGAUGUGUUGGACAGAGGAAAAGCCAAAGAGAGGAUUGUGCAGCUCCUCCGCAGAGAGGAUGAGACGAGCAGAGAGCAGGACUCUGAGGAACAUCUGCAGAAGAAGAAGAAGAACCUCAUCGAUUUGUUCAGAGACAUCGAGGAAUCAGGAAAAAGCAGGCAGAGUAGGUUUUGGGGCUUCGAGAUUUUUGGGCCGAUAUUCCAGAGGCCGACACUUUUCUGUGAGACCCAGGAUGUAGCUGUGGCGCGCUUCCUGUUCCUGAGAGACGAGGACGGGCUCAGAGAAGAGACACGGCGUCUCCGCAGGUACCAGACCCUCCUGGAGCAGUGGAACGAGGCUUUCACACGAGAAGAACAUGACGUCUCUCUGUGGGUCGGAGAGUGUCUGAAGGACGUGUUAGCAGAGGUCCACAAAGACAUCUCCUACCUCACCAGGGUGGGGAGACUGCAGCCCCAGUGUCUGCCCUCCAAGAACUGCAUGAGUCUGUCUGCUUAUCGGAAAAUGAAGAAGAGAAUAAUGGAGAGGCUAAGACUGAACGUGGAUGAACUCAGGAGGAGGGAGACGUAUUCCCAAUAUCUGCUCGUUCUCUCGUUCAAAAACUAUGACAAGCUCCCCGCCCUGAGCACGACGGGGAGGUUCUACCAGAGCAGCGGUGGAAAGACCAGUCGUUCUCUGUCGGUGCGAAACACCCGGAAGUAUCUGAGGCGUUUGCACACACGAGGACAGCGGGGGGCGCACUGAGGCGAGGCAGGCGCAGGCUCGCGGACGUCGGACUCAAACUCUGCUCUCAGGUCACACACGGCUCUGGUCUCUCUGUGAA